ACGUCACUUGUUGUUUGGAGGAAAGAAACACGGUACCUAGACCUGAAGCUGCCCUUUUAUCACUCCUACACAUUUUAUGACAAAUUAAAAUCGAAACAUGUCUACCCCGGCAAGGAGGCGACUAAUGAGAGACUUCAAAAGGCUCCAAGAAGACCCACCAACUGGUGUAAGUGGUGCUCCUUCAGAAAACAAUAUCAUGCUGUGGAAUGCCGUUAUUUUUGGACCUGUAGGAACACCAUUUGAGGAUGGAACAUUUAAACUUGUGAUAGAAUUUUCAGAAGAAUAUCCAAAUAAGCCUCCUACUGUUCGAUUUAUUUCCAAAAUGUUCCACCCAAACGUUUAUGCAGAUGGCAGUAUAUGUUUAGACAUUCUGCAGAAUCGCUGGAGCCCCACAUAUGAUGUAUCCUCUAUUCUGACCUCUAUCCAGUCUUUGUUGGAUGAACCUAACCCCAACAGUCCAGCCAACAGCCAGGCAGCACAACUUUAUCAAGAAAACAAGCGAGAGUAUGAGAAGAGAGUUUCAGCUAUUGUCGAGCAAAGCUGGGCUGACUCGUAAUGCUCAUAAUUCCCUUGCUCCCACAUCAUUUAUCAGAUUCUUCAAGCUUUUAUCUUACAUAUCUUGGACAAACAUAAAAGAAACUGGUCUGCUACAAAUGGAAAUGUAAUGUGUAGGGACUCCUUUGCCAACAUUUUGCUCCACAAAGAAUUGAUUGUGCUUUUGGGUUGAUUUAAAAAAAUUUUUUUUUUAAGGUUUAUGAUAAGUUAUUCUUAAAAUAGUUUAUAUAUUUUACAAUAACUCCAGAAUUACUGGCACCCUUAAUGAAAAUUGUGCAAAGGUUAUGUAUAAAAUGAAUAACAUUCAAUAUUUUAAGCUUAAUAUUUUCAACUAUUUUUUCCUGUGGAAAAGGUUUUCAAUGUUAUCAGUACCCACCUAAUAGUAAUUCAUGAAGCCUCCCUGGGAAUAGAAUAGAAAAAGAACAGACUUCUGCAUUUUUAUUGUUAGCUGUCAGAAUGACAUUCUUUCUGCUAACCCUCUACCCUCUUCUAAAGUUUGGUUGUUCUCAAGUUGGCAUCUAGUCAUUAAAUUUUGACUCUGAACAACCCAAAAAUCAACCAAACUAUCCAGUUCUGAAACUGAUUUUUAGGUGUUUGCCCUCCUCACUACAUGUGAUGGCAGUAUGCUCUUGCAUCCUGCAAAAUCUUAACCUUGUAAGCAUUUUUUUUUUUUUUUGGUAAAUAUGUUCCUUAUUGUGCUUAAUAGUAUUUCAAUUGCAUAUAUUUUUUAUAUCCAGCUGUGUUAAAAGAUUUUUGAUCUACGUAUGGUUGUGAUGUAUGAAGAAAAAGGAGUUUUGAAGGAAAUAAAGCAAAAGUGUAUUCUUUGUGUUGCGUGUGUUUGUGUGUGUGCGUGUGUGUGUGUGUGUGUGUGUGUGUGUGUGUGUGUGUGUGUGUGUGUGUGUGUGUGUGUGUGUGUGUGUGUGAAGUCAGUCUGAAUAGUUUUUGUAUUGUAUAUGUACUAAUUAUUGCUUAUUUCCCUGAAGGGUGUCAACAGUUCUGGAGUUCCUUAAUAUUUUACUGGUUUAUUUUUAGACUUUUUAAGUUAACAAAAGUAUUGUAUAAUGGCAAAAAUGUUAACUUAUUUAUAGCAAAACCUUACCACCAAAAUCACGUUUUUGUUUUGUUUUUGUUUUGGUCUGGAAAUUAAAUCAACCAUCACAGUAAGACACUAAA